CGCUAAUUGGCCGAGGGCGGGAGCGCGCACGCACUGAGCGCUCUUUAUCCUCCUGUUCCCAAAAGACGCGGCGCGCGCUUCAACGCCAGGUACAUCGACCCAGACCACUGAGUCGAACGCAUCCAGGAGAUUUUUCCCCCCCAUUCACACACACGGCCUGCAGUGCUGCUCCACAGACCACCAUGAGUUACUAUAUGGAUCCGGUUUCUUCUUACCAGCUUCAUCAUCCAGCUGACCAUCUGGGUGUGAUGAGACAGACUGGCGGGAUGGCGGUGUCUAUGGUAACGCCGAGUCAACUCCCUGGGGUGUGCCACCCCCAGCAUGCACCUCCUGCCAGGGUUGCAUAUGCCCAUGACAUCACGCUGCAGGAAGUACCCAAUGGCCCAGAUUUCUGCCCCAAUGAUCUGGAAUGUGGGGAUGUUCCUCUACUGACUCCAGGAAGCAAAGAGAUGAUGUCGCAGGCUCUGAAAGCCACCUUCAGUGGUUUCACCAAGGAGCAGCAGAGACUCGGUAUUCCUAAAGACCCUCGGCAGUGGACAGAAGCUCACGUGCGAGAAUGGCUUUUGUGGACAGUGAACGAGUUCAGCCUGAAGAACGUGGACUUCCACAAGUUCUGCAUGAACGGAGCCAGUCUUUGUGCACUGGGCAAGGAUCGCUUUCUAGACCUGGCGCCCGACUUUGUAGGGGACAUCCUGUGGGAGCACUUAGAGAUGCUGCAGAAAGAAGAUCCAAAGCAUUUCCCUGUCAACGGCAUAAGCUCAGGUUUCCAGGAAUCUCGCUAUACCUCAGACUACUUUGUCAGUUACGGCAUCGAGCACGCUCAGUGCGUCCCACCUUCGGAGUACUCGGAGCCGGGCUUCAUCACAGAGUCGUACCAGACCCUUCAUCCCAUCAGCUCGGAAGACCUGCUGUCGCUCAAGUACGAGAACGAAUACACCAACGUCAUUCUGCGUGACACGCCGCUCAACCCACUUCAGGGUGACUACUUCCCCAUCAAACAGGAAGUUUCACCUGACAACAUGUGCGUGGGUCGGAUCAGCAGAGGUAAACUAGGAGGCCAGGACUCGUUCGAGAGCACAGAGAGCUUUGAAAGCUGCGACCGUCUGACGCAGUCCUGGAGCAGUCAGUCGUCGUUCAACAGCCUGCAGCGCGUCCCGUCCUACGACAGCUUUGACUCAGAGGAUUAUCCCACAGCUCUGCACGGUCACAAGCCCAAAGGAACGUUUAAAGACUACGUCCGCGAGCGCUCAGAUCUCAGCAAGGACAAGCCGGUCAUCCCAGCUGCCGCUCUCGCCGGCUACACGGGUAGUGGACCCAUUCAGCUGUGGCAGUUUUUGCUGGAGCUCCUUACAGACAAGUCAUGCCAGUCGUUCAUCAGCUGGACAGGAGACGGCUGGGAGUUCAAACUCUCCGACCCUGACGAGGUGGCACGGAGAUGGGGAAAGAGAAAGAACAAGCCCAAGAUGAAUUACGAAAAGCUGAGCCGUGGCCUGCGCUACUACUACGACAAAAACAUCAUCCACAAGACAUCAGGCAAGCGUUAUGUCUACCGCUUCGUGUGUGACUUAAAGAGCCUUCUGGGAUACACACCUGAGGAGCUGCACACCAUGCUGGACGUCAAACCCGACACGGAUGAGUGAAAUAGCAACCCAGGAGUACCGGGGCCGAGAGACUUUCCUCUCUUAUCCUCACAACAGUGGGUGUUUUAUUUGGGUCCAACGAUAAACAAGUCCCGUCUUCAUACCUAGUCAUGGUUCCAGUCUUGUUUUUGAGCUCAUGACUGCAGCUAUCGCAAAAAUUAAAGGACCCAUUCCAAACCGUACCAAAGUUCAUAGCCUGUAGCGUGUAUCAUAAUUCAGCUCUGAAGCGAAAACAGUGAGUUUCCAGUAGAGCCACCAUUUUGACCCAGCAGCACCUAAAAAACAGACUGCUAGAGUGGGGUGGGACUAGGAAAGAACGAAGGACUUGUUCCUACAGUGGACAUUGUAUGGAUGGAAAGUUCCGUAAAUAUGUUGCCAAAGUUACAGAAAAAUGGAACUUUACAGAAAUACAUCAAUAUUUACUAUUAAGUUACUGUUGCUAUCGUGGUCCUCAGAUAGACCACAUGAAAACGAUUAAAGUAUUUUAUUUUUAUUCUUUUUCUUUCUCUGAUAUCUUUGUGCCAGUAUUAAUUUUUUAUUUUUAAUCUGUAAAUGAAGGAUUGAUUAUGCCAAAAUGUGUUUUUUUUUCUUCCCUGUGUGUUAAAAGUCAAAGACUCACACAGAAGUCACAUAACUGAAAACUUAGCAGGCGAGACAAGAGACUGCUAUUUUACUCAUGCAGUUCAGUUAAAAGAAAAAAAAGCCUCUCACUCAAACCGAGAACGGGUGAGAGACGCGACCGAAAGUAGCCGUUUUUCUACACGAGGGCGGCAGGCUCUGAACACACAACCGCCCUCGCCUUAUAGGCAGGAUUGUUUCGCUUCUAAGCAAGCACAACUUAGGCAGCUGUUAAACAUGGCCCGUCUCAGAUCUCCUUUUUUUUAAUCUCUAACGUUCAGACAAAGGACUUCAAGCAUCUCUUGCCUUAGUUUUACGUCUAUGUUGCCGCUUGUGCCACUCUCCCUCACGUCUUGUUUUGUCUGCGCCGUCCUUUGAGAGCACAUGUGAUGUAAACACGUCUGUAAUCUUCCAGCCUGUCAUGAGUCAGACUGAAGGGUGUGGAAGUAGAGCACAAUAGAAAUGUCAUUUAACUGAUCUUGUCCUCUUUUGAUGAUUGAGUAGAUUGAUAGCAGAAAACAGGCUUCAUAAUGAGCUGGGACCAAAUAUAUGUCCUUGUGAGGACAAAUAGCUGAAUGUAAUAGAGAUCUUAGCCGUGAGCCUGACGCGGGAGUUAUUAAUCACUGAAGUGAAGGUUGUGGGAGUGAUCAGAGCUUGUGAUGAGAUGAUGUUGGCUUAAGAAAGUAGGGGAGUAACAUUUCAGAUGGUUUCAAGAUUUUAACAGUUUAAGAAAAUGACCAGUGACGCUACUUAAAAUAUCAUUAACUCAACUAAACUGAUAAUACGACCAAAUAUCUAACACCCAGAUACUGAAUUGAUUUCAGUAACUACUAUAAUAUAAGCAAAGAAUAAAUGAUUUCUGACUUCAUAUAAAUAUUUAAAUAAAUAAAUAAAUAAAUAAAUAAGCCUGACAGUUAUCAAAGCGCUAACACUGGAGACUCCUUCCAUAAAUCUUAAGGAACUAAAUAAUAUCUGUAUGGAAAAGGCCAGCUUAUCAUCAUCUUUGUGUAUGAAAUAAAAGUCUCUGUGCGUAGAACCAACACCUUGUUAGAAAAGAGCGCAUUUCUAUGAAGCUGGAACUACUGUCAGAGCUGCAGCUCUAGAAAACGAAUCAACGACUUCUGAAUUCAACAGUGUUGGAUAACACUGUAUAAAUCUUUUUAUAAGCCUGUUGCUAGCGGUGUGACUCUGGUUCCUGUUGCCUUUUAGUCAUGGUCGGUGUUCCACAGAAUGCGCAGGCCUUGGGAGGGAACAAAUUAAAGGAAAAAAGUUAAGAUGUCGCAUCUACACAAUGUUAUUGUUUACAAUGGUUUGCUUGCUGUUUCGAUGGGUUUCAUUUUUAGGAAUUGUCUAUUUGUACAGAUUGUGUUUCAAAACGUUUUAUUACAAGAGCCAGAACAAAUAAAGCCAGUGUUAAAGCAGUAACAACACUGAAAUAACACCCGUGUGAGGUCCCGGAGCUGAAGCAUUUGAUGCUCAUCCACAUUACUGAAGGACAAAAGCCACGUUCCAGUCGACUAUUUAAACGAAUCGCUUCAAAUGAAUCUAUAUGCUUGAUGCUUUUGCUGCGGAAUAAAUUUGGGAGUAAAAAAGGGGGAUUCAAUUCCAUUGCUAAAUUAAAAUACACAUGGUGGGUCGAUGAGACGUUUCAGGAAGUCGAAAGUGGGAUGGAUGUGGAUAUGGUUCAUGUAUGUGGUUUUAGAUUAAGAGUUUUUACAUGGUCGUGUUUUUAUUUUUUUUUUUCCUUUACUCAUGCGUCAUAAUGUCCUAAAACGACACACGGUAUUAUGUUACUGUUUUUUUUAUUUUUUAUUUUAUGCUUAACGAAUGAAGUCCAUUAGAUAUUGUGUUAAAUGUCAAGUAUAUUCUUUUUAAGAACAAAGAAAAAAAAAAUUGGUGGACAUAGCGACGUCAAAAGCAAAUAUUCUGAGUCGGAUAUGCAUCAAUUAUGUGAUGAAUGCAAAUCACAAAACCAUUAAUGAGGAAAGAUUUUUUUUUUUAUUAUUAUUUUUUUAAAUUCAGUUCAUUUUUUGUACAUUUUAUAGUGUUUCUGUAUUUUUUAUUUUAUUUUUUUUGUUCAAUGAAAAUUUUAAUGUAUUUAGUUCAUAAACAUUGGAAUAUUUUUCAAUAAUUUAUAUUUUAUAAACUUUGAAAUACGAGACGCAGACAGCUGGUGCUUUCAUGGAGAAAAAAAAAUUGUGGUAAAGCAGGACCAAAUGUAGCGAAUUUUUUUUUUCUUUUCUUUUUUUUUUUUAUACAGAAAAAGAAGUUGAUAAAUUUAAAGACCUGUCUGCAUAUACAGUUAUAUAGAAAAAAAAAAAAAAAGGCUGAUGCUGGCCCAUCAUUAAGUUUUGCCGAGAGUUUUAUAAAUGGUAACUUCUAUUUCUUAUUGUACUUCAAAUUGUUAUGUUAUAAAAUGUACAUGAAAAAAAAAAAUCA